CCCAGGAAGCACGGGAACUGGAUGGACAAGGCAAGUCAGGGAUCAUGGCCACCCCAAGGCCAAAUACAAAAAAAGAAAUGAUGCAAUUCUUGGGUAUGGCCACUGUUGCCGCCAGUGGAUCGCAAGCUAUGCUGAAAUGACGGCUCCAUUGCUGCAACUGAUAUAUGACCAACCUAUGGCUGCAAAGGAAAGAAUUGAGUGGACCGAAGAGGGGGAACAGGCAUUUAAAAGGGUUAAGCAGGCGCCAGUCUCCUCAACCGUUUUGGCACUGCCAAAUUCAGAGAAACCGUUCAUCCAGACGGUGGGCAGUAAGAACGGAUAUAUGACAUCGGUCUUGCUACAAGAACACGGGGGAAAGAUGAAGCCCGUGGCAUACUAUUCUAGGAAACUGGAUCAGGUGGCGCGAGCACUGCCGACUUGCCUGCAAACAGUUAUUGUUGCGUCCCUCGCGGUACAAGCUUCCGCCACCAUAGUGUUGUACAGGACCUUAACACUGUGGGUCCCACACGCGGUCGCAGUACUGCUGUUACAACAAAAGAUCUCAUAUCUUUCACCGGCAAGACACCUUUCCUGCAUGGCGGUACUGCUUUCACAGCCUCACCUGACAAUCGAGCGAUGUACUAUGCUGAAUCCGGCCACCCUACUGCCAACCGAAGCGGACGGAGAACCACACAGCUGUUUGGAAGGAACAGACAAACUGGUCAUGCCACGUCCUGACCUGAAAGAUGUGGCGCUGAAGGAUCCAGACCUAACUCUAUAUAUUGAUGGGUCAUGCAAAAAGAAUGAGAUUGGAGAAAAUAUGGCGGGAAAUGCAGUCGUUGAUGACACAAGGAUCAUCAAGGCCGAAGCACUACCUAAGCAUUUCUCAGCGCAAGCCGCUGAAUUAGUGGCCCUCAUUGAAGCUUGUAAAGUGGCGAAGGGGAGGCGUGUAAACAUUUACACUGAUAGUGCAUCUGCCUUCUCCACUGUCCACGUUUUCGCAGCACAAUGGCGUAACCGUGGCAUGGUCACCUCUGCAGGAAAGCCUAUUUUACAUAAAGACUUGAUCCUGAAACUGUUGGAGGCAGUGUUGCUACCCGCAGCGACCAGGCGGCGAAAGAAGCAGGAGGGCGAGAACUGGAGGCAAACGAGGCCUUUGGGCUAG